CUUUCUCCGACUUUCUAGGACGUGUUUUAUGCCACUUCUUUUUCUGUCUCAUUUUGUCCACCAAACUUUAAACGUUGUGCAUGAAAGUAGGUCUUCUGCUGUCUGCAGCCGUGCAAGUCCUGCCCUCCGCCAACCCGGUCGCAGUCGGGGCCACGCUGACGCUUUCCCUCCAUCCAGCCACGGCUCUGAGGGGCGGAAGCUGGGCGGUGGGAGAUUCCCUCAUCCUCACCUGGCUCGGGGAGCAGGAGGCAGUUUUCCCCGACCACAGCGGCAGGGCGUCGGUGGACGUCAUCACGGCGGCCCUCACCCUGACGGCGGUGACCUUGGAGGACUCGGGAGUGUACGUGGUGCAGAGCAGUGAUCCUCCGUUCAGAGCCAAUGCCUCCAUCACCGUCUUGGAGCCUGUUUCAAACGUGACCUUCAGCGUCAAUCAAACGGACCUGUCGGAGUUGUCCACAGUGGUGGUGACGUGCUCCGCCUCCUCAGGCUCAUCGCCGUCGUUCCUGUGGCUGAAUGGCAGCUCCGAGGUCGUCGCCAAUGAAAGAGUUGCGCUCACUGAUGAAAACGCCACGCUCUCCAUCGUUGGCGUUACCCGCCACGACCGUGGACCCUUCAGGUGCUUUGCGUUCAAUCCCGUCAGCAACGGCACCAGCGAUUUUUUAACCUUCACCAUCACCUACGGCCCCGACAACAUGGUCCUCGCCGUCAACGGCAACGCGACUUCCUUUCUGACCGGAUCCAACCUGACCAUGCUCUGCUCGGCUCAGUCCAGUCCUCCUGCUCUGCUGCAGUGGGCUUUCAGGGGCCAACUUCUAAACUCCACGGGUCCUUCGCUGAAGCUGUUUGAUGUCAGCCAGGACCAGAGCGGCCCCUACGGAUGUCUGGCCUACAACAAUGAGACCAACAGAAGCAGCAACAUCACCAAAGACGUUGUGAUCAGCAAGUCGCACACAUCAGCAUUGAAACAACAUGCCUUUCACGUGUGGCUCGUUCCCAUGAUGCCAUGGCUCGGAUUCCUCCUGGCAAUGCUCGAUGCUGGUGGCCCCCUCUGAACCAUGCAUGGUGAAACAAUAUUGUGUGUGUCCAAUAUUGUGAAAUAUAUAGAAAACAUAAUUGCUGCUUAAAUACUACAUCAUUAAUAUUAACCAACAAUGUAACUAUUUAGAUCCAGCUGAAAUAUUGUAUUUUU